AUGUUAACCUACAUUUCUAGGAGAAAAAUGAAUAAUCAAUCAUUAACUAUUAAUAAUGACUUAAAUAAUAUUUAUGUCAAAUUGAAUAUUAUUAGUGGUCCAAUUAUAAUUUGUAUUGGAACAAUUGGUAAUAUUUUCAGCAUUUAUAUCUUUUCUCAACCGUCACUUCGUUCAUCUUUUUCCAAUUAUUCACUUGUUUUAUCGAUAAACAAUUUUUUUGUACUCUAUUUUGGUGUUUUAACACGUUGGUUAGCACACGGUUUUAAUCAAGAUUUAACACGUUAUUCUCUUUUUUUUUGUCGUUUUCGAACUUUUUUCUCAUAUUUUAUUUAUCAAUUCACUUCUUUUCUAACAUUAACAGCACUAAUUGAUCGUUGGUGUGCGAGUUCAUCGAAUAGACGACGACAAAAAUCGGUAACGAUUCGUAAUUCUUAUCGUUUUAUUGUAUUUAUUAUUUUAUUUUUAUUAUUAAUUCAUUUACAUAUUCUUAUUUAUUUUGAAAUUGAUAAUUACAGAAUAUGUCGACCUCAAAUAGGUUUUUAUACUCAAUUUUUUGGUAUAUUUCAUUUGACUAUUGCUAUUGGCUUUUUAUCAUUAACUAUUCUAUUCUCUUUAUUAACUAUUAUUAAUGUUCGUAAAAAAUGUUAUCGUUUAAGACAACAUCGACUUGAUAAUCAAUUAAUUUUAAUGUUAUUUGUUCAUGUUAUUCAAUAUGUUAUGUUAUCAUUACCAUUUUUAUUAGCAAUGGUUUUAUCAGCAUUAUUACCAUCAAUUAAUAAGAAUAAGAAUUUUAUAUUUAUUCAAAAUUUAUCUCGUAUUACAUUUAAUACAAGUUUUUGUAUCGAUUUUUAUAUAGAUUUGAUAUGUGCACGUUUAUAUAGACAUGAAUUCAUUAAACUUGUUCGUCGACUAUGUCCCAUUAAAAAGACAAAAGUACUGUGUGGACAUACAGUAAGAUUUAAUCUUAGUGAAAAUAAAACUUUUUAUUCAUCUUUAUAG